CAGAGAAGUACAACAGAGAAAAGGAGUAGGCUACUGGUAUCUCCCUCCACAACAGAGAAGUAGAACAGAGAAAAUAAUUAGCCUGUGGUAUCUCCCUUAUUUUUUAUAAAUGAAUUCAUAUUUUUAAUGAAGAUAAAGUCUCAAAGCAGUGAUUCCUGUAAGUGGCCAACUGUCAAUGUGAUGACACAAUGAUUAUGCACGUAGUUGAAUGGAAAAACGAUAUCCUUAUUGUAACAACCUACUGUAGCCGACUUCAGCAGUUGCCGUCUCUUACCUCUAUUUCACUUUGUCACCCCUCAUUGGGUCCUUCUGCUUCUCAAAACUGACUGUAUGUUGGAAACGAUUAGCCAUUCACUCACCCCUCGCUGUCGGUGGAAGGCGCAUCCUGCACUGUAAGGUUUUGGGCAAAAGUUUAAUUUUCUUUGCAAAGUUUCUCAAGGGCUACACAGGAAACAAAACGGAUACUUCAAACAGUCUAUCGAAGCCCUGUGCGCAUUUCUGUCUACGGAUUUUACAUCGGAAUUUCUUGUAACUAUUUUAUUCUUUGGGGAGUUUGUCAUUAUAGGACUGUAUAACUAUGGAGUUUUGCGCUUCGUGAGGAGUGGCAUUGAGGAGAAACCAAAGCCAUGGUAAAAUGGGAUACAGUGAGUCUGGAUUUAAAUAAAGGUUAAUACAAAUUAUAAGCUCCAGUGAUAGGAACACUUUGUGGUGGAUGGAUGCGCAGCUGAAGAUGGCCAGUCCCGCCGCAUUCAUAUUGAUACUGUCCAUACUGAUGGUGCCAGUUACAAGUCUCCCCUGCCCGCGCCAGUGCACGUGCCCUCAGGCCACAGAGGUGCACUGCACGUUCCGUUCCCUGCUCACCGUGCCCGCCGGCAUACCCAGACAAGUGGAGCGCAUGAACCUGGGGUUUAACACCAUAAACCAUGUGACUCAGACCUCUCUGGCUGGGUUGAGGAAGCUGGAGCUUCUGAUGAUGCAUGGGAAUGAUCUCUACAACAUUCCCAACGGGGCCUUUAGGGAUCUCAUGUCCUUACAGAUGCUGAAGAUGAGCUAUAACAAACUGAAGGAGAUCAACAGACACACUCUCCAGGGUCUGUGGUCUCUGACCAGACUCCACCUGGACCACAACCAUCUGGAGUUCAUUCACCCAGACACCUUCCAGGGCCUCACCUCCCUACGUCUCCUACAGCUGGAGGGGAACAGACUGCAGCAGCUACACCCCUCUACCUUUUCCACCUUCUCCAUGAUGGGACACUUCCACGUCUCCACCCUCAGGCACCUGUACCUGUCGGAGAACAGGCUGACCUCGCUGCCCCAGAAGCUGCUGGGAGGAAUGCCCCAGCUGGAGAACCUAUUCCUGCAUGGGAACCCCUGGACAUGUGACUGCAGGAUGAAGUGGUUCGCCGACUGGGACAAAAACUCACCAGGUGUGCUGAAGUGUAAAAAGGACAGGGCCUACCCAGGAGGUCAGCUCUGCUUUAUGUGUUACUCCCCAAAGAACUUACGAAUGAAAGAAGUCCUGGGCCUGGACACACUGGUCUGCUCCAGCCCCGUUAUCACCUCCCCUGAUCAACCUACGACCCAAGAGGACACAGAGACAGAGGUCAUGACCCUGGAGGAGUUCAAGGGGUCGUUCGGCAACAUUACCCUAGGCCUGACGGACGAGCAUGGGAACAAAGUGGAUCUGGAGUGCAGCGUCGGAGAGCCCCGCAGGGAGUCGUCUAAGGUCAGCUGGGAGCAGGUCAACCCUCUGCAGCUGGCCUAUAAUGUGAGUAUCUCCGUGGAUCUGGAGUGUCCCAUCAACAGGGACAAUUAUGAGAGACUCUGGAGGCUGAUCGCCUACUAUAGCGACACGCCCGCUCACCUGCAGAGAGAGAUCAUGCUGACUAAGGAGCCGGUGCCCAGCUACAGGUACAGGCAGGACCUGGAGAGAGACGCAUUGUACUACACAGGGGUUAAGGCUAACAUGGUAGCUCAACCAUCCUGGCUGAUGCAGAGCUCUGUAGACCUGCAGUUGAACAGGCCCCAGUCCACUGGGAAGAGCGUCAAGCUGAUCCUCAGCACCCACCUCACACAGACCGUGGAGCCUGAGCUGGAGCGCAGACACCGUAGGACAUGGGUCAUGAUAGAGAACACAAACACUACCAGGACGGUGCUGAGUGUUGUAGUGGGCAGCCCUGCUGUAAUGGACUGUAACGUGUUGAGCUCAGGAGACACAGUGGUUCGCUGGAUGCUGCCAGACGGGACCCAGCUGGAGGCACCGUACAGCAGCCCAGACAACAGGGUGUCAGUGUUGAGCACCGGUAGGUUGGAUAUUAAAGCUGUAGGACACUCAGACUCAGGGAUAUAUUACUGUAUCGCCCAGGUCUCUGACGACCUCAGUGUCCUCCCUUUCCGCCUGACGGUUGAGGAGUCCUCCAGACCUCCCCCUCUUGGAGGGGAUGAGAUGGCACCUACCCUCGUAGAGGGGUUCACCGGUGUCCCUCUCACUCUAAACUGUGUCGUGUCUGGCUCUCCUGACCCUGAGAUUAACUGGAUCCUUCCUGACAGCAACAUAGUGAGUCACAGAGCCAACUCUUCUAGAGCGCUGGUGUAUUCCAACGGAACUCUGAGAGUCCCAGAGAGUCGACUGACAGACAGUGGAUAUUAUAAGUGUGUGGCCAUGAACCAGCAUGGUGUGUAUUCCCUGGCUACUAAGGUGACUCUCACCAGACAGUUAGGAGCAGAGAUACGACCACUGAGGAGAAUGAGGCCACAGUCUGCUUCAGGGGUCAACACCAGGGUCAAAGCCCCCAUGGAGGACACUGAGGAGGCAUCAGGGGAUGAUGAGGACACACAGGAGGAAGUCCCCUCCUCGCCUUCCUCCUCAUCUUUCUCCUCCUCCUCAUCCCCGAGCCGUGUGGAGCUAAUGAAUCGGAGGAGAGGCCAAAGUUCAAACAGGGGUGGUGGUCAUCCGUUUAGAAACACAUGGAGGCGACCGGCUGUACCUAGAAAACCAACCACGACAGGGACAAAUGAUGAAGACAAGAAAAACACAGUGGAGACGAGAAGGAGGAUUAACGUGGCAAACAAAAAUAUAGACCCGGAGAAGUGGGCGGACAUUUUGGCCAAAAUCCGUGACAAGAACGGACAGGGUAACACUAACAUAACACCCAGCUCAACUCACCUCACCACAAAGAAGAAGCAGGAGUCAACAACAACAGCUAGCGCUAAGCAGACAGAGUAUCCGGACAACAUAGAGGGAUCAACGGACGACAUUCAUGAGGAAGAGGAGGAGGAGCUAUACACACCCACUACUAUACCGCAUACUCGACACACUACUUACACCACAGACUCAGAUGUGGAUACAGCCACAAAUCAUGCACUUUUCACGCAGCCGGUCACAGAGCCUGUCACAUCUGUUCCCCCACAUCUGCUCAGUAACACUGUCGUGCACACAGAGACGCAAAGCAGGCACACAGUCACACACACACACUCCCAGACCCUGGGCCAGCAGCAUGUGAACGUCUGGACCAGUUCUUCGAACAACGACUCUUCACUAGAAAAACAAAGCACCACCACCACCGCUUUGACUACAGAUGUUGACGCGGUUACAGAGUCCGAUAUCUCACCCACGUCUGAGGAUAAUCAGGGGGCGAAAGACGCUAACGGACCCAGUGUUGUUAACAGCUUUAAUGAAGGAAGUGACACAUAUUUAGACAGAGCUGAACUUGACCCAUCACUCACCACCGCCACAGUUAGAGGGUACUCUGAAUCGGAAACAGAGAGAGAUGAAUUUUAUCACUCUCUCACUGAGACUCAGAGCACAACUGCUAAACUAGACACAGAUACUCAGCUAAAGCAGCAUACACGGUCUAAUAUAACCCACCUUCCACUCACCACACCCUCUCCCAGAACCGAGCUCACAUCAGCUGUGAAUAUGAGGAAGGAAACUCCAGGUGAGGUGGCUACUCGACUCAGGAACCAGAACUCCAGGAGAAGGAAUGGGGGUGGGGGCAGGAGAAGACGGCCCAAUGCGGGCAGAAAGAAGCCAAAGCCUAAUAAUCCGUUGAGAAGUGAUUUUACAACCGCAGCCACACCUAAGGACGCGCUCCCAACAACUACCAAGGCAACCACUGCCACAUGGAUUAAAAUAGAAGCGUUCGACAAGGCCAAAAGCAAGACAGACAGGUUUAAUACCGCAGUUCCAUCAACGGGCAGCCAAGCAACGUCAUCAGGCAGAGUGAGUCACGAAGAGAAUACAGUAGACUCUUUAUACGAAGACAGGAUUGACCCUUCAGUGAAACCUACAACUCGCUCCGAGACAAAGGACACCCUUUCACCACACGCCAAACCACUGUUCAGGAGCACAACAGCCCCACCGGCGUCUCCUACAACCUCUUUAACAGAAACAUAUAAACAAACAGCCCAGAGCAGCCAUCACAGAACAGCCCCAGAAAGUGCCUCUCAGACUCCGAACACUCAGAGCCCAGUCCCAGAGCACUCGGAUGUGCACACAACAGCCAGUCAGGGGACAUUUACAAGCAUCCCCCUUCCUGCAGUUAAACUAACCGAGACAACACAAAGGGGAGGCAGCGUUACUGUAGACCUUCACCCUGUUCCAAGUCCUGACAAGUCCCCGGAGAAUCGCAACACUCGCCCGGGAGUGCCAGCAGAUGGACAGCUCCACACACCAGACUAUCGAUAUACAACAGGUACUACUGAGGUUAAAAAGGCGCCGGUCAAAGAGAGUGACAGCGUGUCUCCAUCUAUCCGGCAUGAAAUAACCACACACACCCCGGGUGCCUCAACGAAAGAGUCCUUCCAUGAGAAGGCAGAACAUGAGAAGGCUCGGGUUAGCACCACGGAAAGGCUGGUGACAUCUGAAAGCUCUUAUCGCGGAUCUGGUUCCGAUAAAACAGCCACUGUUAAGCCCAGAACAACCUUUGAUGGGCACUAUAACAUCAGAGAAAGCACUUCCACCACAGGCAAAGACCAAACACCAGUGGAAAAUGUUCCCGUUUCUGUUGCUGCUACUACGACAAAGGAUGUUACUCCCACUAUGUCACCUGUCACCUCCACAUCACUUAGGACAUUCAUAGUUUUCCCCUCUAGGGUGAGGCCUCAGAUCCCUGUACUAAACACUCCAUCCACUAGGGUCAGGGCCCAACCUUCAUCCAGAACAGUGGAGGUUCCCUCCAACUCCAACCACAUCCCAGACAGUCACAGAGAGAGAGUCCUCAUCUCUCAACCCGACCGGAGAAACAACCCAAUCCUCAACAGAGAAGACUCCAUCCUAAUCACCAGAUCUGACCCCAACAGACAACCACCACCAGCCGACUCCCACACCACUACUAAACUAGAGUCAACUGACAUCAAGCCUGACCCAGUCAUCGGUGUUAAACCAACCACCACAGAACCCAGAACACCCCACAGGACAGUCACAAUCACAAACACCCAGAUGGUCAAACAGACGACCAUUACAACCACUCUCGCUUCCACCACCACAAAGAGCUUUUCUCAGACUUCAUCAGUGUCUUCAUCGAGGCCUCAGAGUCCGUCCAGUGGGGGCCAGAGGACAGAGACCCGUACCCAGACACAGGGGUUAUCAGCUGGGGUGUCGGGAGGUGGUCAGAGACCCUCCGUAGCAGGACCUGUUGUAAGAGGGAAGCCCCGGAUCACCAAUGUGGAUGUGCGGACAGUGACAGUGAAUGCAGAGAUGGAUGCCCAGCUGCCCUGUGUGGCUGUAGGGGAGCCCAAGCCUUUCCUCUCCUGGACGAGAGUCUCCACUGGAGCGACAGUAGCCCAGAACACUCGGGUCCAGAGGUUCGAGGUCCAUCCCAACGGCACUUUUAUCAUCCGUAACAGCCAGCCCCAGGACCGAGGCCAGUACCUCUGUAUGGUCCAGAACCAGUAUGGCGUGGACAAGAUGGUGGUCUCCCUGAUGGUCCUGGCCCAGCAUCCAAGAGUGCUCCAGCCGCGCUACCGCGAUGUUACCGUGUACCACGGGGACGGUAUCGAUCUGGAGUGCCAGGUACAGGGACAUCCUAUGCCCCGGGUCACCUGGGUGCUGCCUGACAGGAUCCACCUCGCUGCGCCCCCAGCCCCGGGCCCUGCCAAUCCAGCCAGUGGCCCCCAGCCCGGCCCACAGUCUGGCCCUAAGCACGUGAACCUCCUCAGUAACGGUACUCUUCGGAUAACCCAGGCCAGCCACACAGACAGAGGGAUCUAUAAAUGUAUCGGCAGCAGCGUGGUGGGAGCCGAUACAGUCUCUGUCCGUCUCCAUGUGGCAGCCUUGCCUCCAGUCAUCCAACAACCUCGCUAUGAGAACAUGUCCCUCCCCGAGGGCAGCACGGCCUACAUCCACUGCACCGCCAAAGGAGCCCCUACGCCCAUCAUGCGCUGGACCACGCCCGACGGAGUCCAGCUCCUCACCUCGCAGUUCGUUAACGGACGGAAUUUCUUUGUCUUCCCCAACGGGACCCUGUACGUCCGUGGGCUAGGCCAAGGUGAUGCAGGGAGAUAUGAGUGUGUGGCCAGUAAUGCGGUAGGAGCCUCCAGGAGAACCAGCAUUCUGACAGUACUGAGACUCCCAUCCUCCACCAAGGCCAGGAUUACCUCCUCGUCUCCCCAGAGGUCUGACGUGGUCUACGGGGAGCUGCUGAGGCUUGACUGCAUUGCUACAGGAAAACCAGAGCCCAGGAUCGUCUGGAGGACCCCCUCUAAGAAAUUAGUGGAUUCCCAGUACAGCUUCGACCCCAGGAUAAAGGUGUUCACCAACGGUUCUCUGGCCAUCCAGGCCAUGACAGAGAAAGAUGAUGGGGACUACCUGUGUGUGGCCCGAAACAAGAUGGGGGACGACUACAUGCUUCUGAGGGUUAACGUGCUGACCAAGCCGGCCAAGAUUGAGCAGAAGCAGCUGCUGGCGAGUCAGAAGGUGAUGUAUGGAGGAGACCUGAAGGUGGACUGUGUAGCGUCUGGCCUCCCCAACCCUGAGAUCCGCUGGGCUCUGCCGGACGGAACCAUGAUCAACACACUGAAACAGACGGAUAGUAGGGUUAGAGGUGGGCGCACCCGCAGAUACGUGGUGUUCGACAACGGGACGUUGUACGCCAACGACGUGGGGAUGAGAGAGGAAGGAGACUACACCUGCUACGCUGAGAACCAGAUAGGGAAGGAUGAGAUGAAGGUUCACGUCAAGGUGGUGGCGGACCCUCCGAUCAUCAGAGAGAAAACUCAAAGCCCGAGAGUCAUCAGGGUUCUUUAUGGGGAGACCGUGUCUCUGAAGUGCAGCGCCAAGGGAGAGCCGACCCCAGUCAUCACGUGGCUAUCCCCCACCCACCAGGCCAUUGCCUCCUCCCCCACUAAGUACCAGGUCCAUAAUGAUGGCACAUUAGUGGUCAAGAAGGCACAACGCUUUGAUGCUGGUAACUACACCUGCACAGCUAGGAACAGUGCCGGCCAGGACCGCAAAGUCACCAAGGUGGAAGUCCUUGUGACGGCGCCGACCAUCAAUGGACUGAGAGGUAUGGUCAACACUAUCAGAGUGACGGCUAUAAGGGACCAGCGCACCAUGCUGGCCUGCGAGGCCAUGGGGACACCCAUCCCCCGGGUCAUGUGGGUGUUACCGGAGAACGUCAUCCUCCCGGUGCCAUACUACGGCAGCAGAAUAACGGUGCAUCGUAACGGUACAUUGGAUAUACGUUCGCCGAAGGGGACCGACUCUGCUCAGCUGGCCUGCAUCGCUCGCAACGAGGGCGGGGAGGCCAGGCUGAUGGUCCACCUGGAGGUUAGAGAGAUGGUAGAGAGGCCACAGCUCAGAGGACCCAAAACAGAGAGCCUCUCUCUAACGAUAGGCAGUACCAUGACCCUGAACUGCUCCUUUCAAGGAGGCCCAGCACCCCCAACGGUAACCUGGAUCCUCCCAAAUGGUUCCCCCCUCAUGAGGGGUGCCCAGUUCUCCAAGUUCUUCCACCGACCUGACGGCUCCUUGGUCAUCACUAACCCCUCUGUCUCUGAGAGUGGUAUGUACCGCUGCCUGGCGAGGAAUGUAGCCGGGCUAGUGGAACGUACUAUUACUUUAGCCCCGGAAAGGAAACCAGAGAUCAAUAACCGCUACCACUCCCCCAUCAGUAUUAUGAAUGGGGAGAGCCUCCAACUCCACUGUCUCUCUACGGGGGACCCCCUCCGGCUGACGUGGACCCUGCCCAGUGGGGUGGUCCUGGGGCGGCCACAGAGAGCCGGUCGCUACGCCGUACUGGCCAAUGGGACGCUCGCCAUCCAGCAGGCGUCCGUCUACGACCGCGGCUCCUAUGUCUGCCGAGUGGCUAACGAGUACGGCAGCGCCCUGCUCUCCGUACCCGUCAUUGUCAUCGCGUACCUACCUCGCAUCACCAAUGGCCCGCCUCCCGUGAUGUACGCUCGUCACGGCGUGGCGGUCCAGCUGAACUGUGUUGCCACGGGGAUCCCCCGAGCUGAGAUUGCCUGGGAGACGCCGGAUAGGACGCGGCUAGCGGUCAGUGCCCAGCCACGCCUCUUUGGCAACAAGUACCUCCACCCACAAGGCUCUCUCAUCAUCCAGAACCCCACACAGAGAGACCAGGGCUUCUACAAAUGCACCGCCAGGAACGUGAUAGGGGUCGAUACUAAAGCCACCUAUCUACAUGUGUUCUGAUUAGCCUUAGACAAAUAGUUUUUUUAUCAUAUGCCCAAGAAACUGCCAAAGGAGCUGAGCACAGCCAAUGCUUUUCAUCCAUCCACAUGAUGUUGAAGAGACUUUGAAUCACUGUCAACGCAAAGUAAAGAUACAUUUUCCAAUCGGUAGCUAAACAAACGAGCUACUGUGUAUGCAGUAGCUGUGCUGUAUGCGUCCUGUGACGUCAUUCAAGGCCAUGUUUCAGCUGCAUUUCAAAAAACCAUUUUGUGACAAAGCCAUUUUUCACUCAUCAAAAAACACUUUGCUAUGAAGGACUUUAAUAGAGAGCAAAAACUGUAGUAUUACUAUUUGUAGCAUUUAUACAGACUGUAUAUGAGAGCAUAUGACUUUUCAUGUAGGCUGCUUCUCUUUUCCAUCUCCUGCGCUGACAAUGACAAUUUAUGUCAAACUGUGUAGAUAAGCGUAGCUAAAUAUCUUUUUACGUUCGAUUUAAUGAAAAUAUUCGAAAUGAUAUACUGUUGAUACAGAAAAUAUCCAAUACUGCUGAGAUGGGGACGAUUUCAGGGGUCUAAGCAACAACGGCUGGUGCUACAAUUAUGAAUAACUGCUUCACAACCAUCCAUAUUAUCUUACUAUCUCAACCAAAAGUAUUUUUAAGGACCGCUAACACUGCUAUUUACAGGAGCGACUCACACAUUACCGUUACUGCGAUUAUUGUACAUGCAAUAUGGUUUAGAUCUGCUAGCAACCCACAUAGGUGUCAGCAUCAGCUCAUAAAAUAAUACUAAUAUGUUUCUACAUGCCCUCAUUAUUAAAUUAUUUGUCUAUAAAAGACUCUGAUGUAUAGGAAUUUUACAUGUUUUUAAUAAAGAGAAGCUCAAAAUCCA